AUGGGGCACUCCCAUGCCUGGAAACCUUGGCAGGAACAGAUGCCAAAUGACCUCUUUGUUGCCCACUCCUCAGCAAGUACCAAGGAUGGUAAUGGUCUGUACCAAGUGGAAGCAUCCAUCUUCAUCAUGGGCGAUUGCAAGGUCCGCAAGCAGGCGGAGCCGAACAGAGCCGCGCAUGACCGGCAGGCAGGCGAAGCCCGCCCAGCUGCAGGACCAGCAGGCAGGCGGAGCCCAAGCCUAGCCGAGCUGAGCCGCAGGACUGGCAGGUUUGGAUCUGCGAAGUCAGGAAAUAUAUGGAUUCAGGGAGUCUUGGAGGAAGUGUCUAGGACCAGCAAUUUUAGCAUCUCCCUGGGCGUAUUCCCACCAGCCAUGAUGUGGACCACAAAGUGGAAUCCCUGGCCAGCUGCCUACAAUGGCCCCACUCAACCUUUAUACCUCAUAUUCCUCAUCCCUGGCAUUCUGAGCUUUGGUCUCCAUGACUUGUGUCUGGUUCAGGUGGAAGGUCUCCAACCUGGCUUCUCCCAGAACAGGCCUCUGCAUCUCCCACAUGGGUCCCUCCAAGGAGAAUUCACUGUGAUUGGCCCUGUUGGGAUCUUUCAGGCCAAGAAGGGGGAGGAUGUCCUGCUCCCCUGUCACCUCUCCCCUAAGAUGGAUGCUAGAAACAUGACUGUGAAAUGGUUCAGAAACCAGACCCUUGUGCACAGUUACCCUAAUGAGGACAAGGUGGAGGAAACACAGGACCCUGAGUUCCAGGGGAGGACCGAGCUGCUGAAAGAUGACCUGGCAGAGGGGAAGGUGAUCUUGAGAAUCCAUCAGGUCCAGCUCUCUGAUGCCGGUCACUACAUUUGUCAGUUCCAGUCACCUGGAUAUUCCAAUGAUGCCAGCUUUGAACUGCAGGUAACAGACAAUUUCCCCACAUAUAAGAAGACACUUAUAGUCAUUGUUGCUGUCUGCUUGCUCUUCACUGUUUCCUCCCUGGUGAUUUAUUUCUUCUGGAAAAGAAAUCUAUUGGGGACCAGAGAGAUUAUUUCAUCGUGUAAAGUUUGAGGAGGAGGACAGAAAGCCACAGGGACCCUACCCGCCUGUCCUGGGGAUUGUGAGUGGAAGCUCACACAGGGGACCAGGUAGAGAAUCUUCUGUCCUUUCUUGAUACAAGAAGAGGAAGGCAGAAGAUAAAGCAUCAAGAGGCAUAAAUCUCAUACAGAAUAACGUGAGAAGGGCAUGAGAAAGUGGCAAAAUAAAAUGAUAUGUGAAGAUUAGUGGAGAAGAUGUUAGUGACACAGCAAUCAAGGAAGGAUCCCUGGAGGAGGAAAUAUUUGAAUUGGACUUUAAAGAAUGGGUUCAGAGCCCAGGCCCCCGCCUCCCUCUAGCACUUCUUUUUCUCUAGCUGCCCGCAACCCCUCAAACUUGAGGUGACCCCAGACCAAGACAGCGGCUGCCCGCUCACUGCCCCGCCAGUCGCCCCCACCCCCCUCUCCCCACUCCACUCCGGUCCCCGGCGGGCGCCGCUCCUCGCCCCCUCCUCUUGCCUCUCUCCCUCCCUCCUCCUCAGCCCCGUCCCACACCAUCAGCAACCUGAAGCCGGACCGCGAGCACUGCACCGCACCGGCACCGGCACCGGCACCGGCACCGGCAUCGGCGGCAGCUCGGAAGAGGAGGUCGGGACACUUUGUCAGCGGUCUCCCUGUGGACAUCUUCUCCUCCGGCCGUGGAAGGGGUAUGAAGGGACACUGAUCAAGCUCACAUCUAAGCAGCCCGUAGGUUUUGUGACUUCUGACAGCUGCGCUGGGGGCAGAAGCAGCCAAAAAUGCAUGGAAUGGUAAUCCACGAGAAUCCACAAACCUUAAGGUCAGAGUUUACCAACCCCCAAAUCGUUUUUCUGCAGCUCUGCUUCAAGGAAACAAGACAUUUAAUUUUGCAUGUUUUCUGGCAUGAAUUAAGACAUUUAAACUUGUGUAUGUGCGAUUGUACAGUUUGUUCUAGCGUUAGUGUCACCAUAGCAACAGGUUUGGGCCCACUUACUGGUCCAUCUUUACACACCCCAUGCCCCCCUCCCCCAUUAUCUUUAGCUUCCUUGAAGAGAAGACUUGGCUUUUAAACUGAGAAAUGGUUACUUGUCCCAGUCUUCUUCCACUUCCCCCAGGAUGGGCAAAAUGAAGGAAACACCUGUCCAUGAUGCACUGGGUUUUCUCUUACAUUUUGCCUCAGGGUCCUCCUCUUUCUCCUCUGAUGGGCUCUCCCCAGAGGACAGUUGUGCCCUUCCCUGCCUUGUCAGUUGCUGUCCUGCUUUCUGAACUUCCAAACAACCAAAAAGUGCAAGUAUUUUUGUACCAUGCGUAACAAGGCUAUAUUUAUGCAUCAAAAGAUUUCGGGUGUGUGUUUGUGUGCAAUUAAUAAAGAGAAAUGGUUAGCCGUGUCAGGUAAGUUCGUGUUUAGUUUGAAGCUGGAAGAAAGGAGAUUCUAUUCUUUGGUGAUAAUGUUUUUGUAAAACAAAUUUUAACAUGAAUGUUUUAAACUUUGUGUUCCAAAUUCUCUUCCUCCCUCCCUCCCCACCCCCUAUUUAAGGAUUUCCCUGAUGGAGAAUCUCAGUGGAUUUUUUUUUUUUGCAACAAACAUUUAUUUUAUUUUUUCCAGUUACAUGUCAGGGUAGUUUUCAACAUUCAUUUUCAUAAGAUUUAGAGUUCCAAAUUUUUCUCCCUCCCUCCCUCCCCCUGCCCUCACCCCCAAGACAGCAACCAGGUUAUAUGUACAAACCACAAGUGCUCUUUUUAUCAGUACUUUCUAUGGGGUGGUGAUAAGUGUUUUUGUCAGACAUUAGUUUAAAAAAAAUGAAGGAAAAAAAAUUGUGCAAUUUCAUUUUGGUUUUGUGAGUAUGUGUCAUAUUACUACUUGGUCCUGAAGUGCUUUACCUAUUACCUACAACCAGCUCGCUUGUAUUUAGACUUUGGAGAAUAGGUUGCUGUUACCAUUGCUGAUCCUAUGAGAAUGUGAAACUGUAUAUGAAAUGCAAAAUAAAGUUAUCAUCCAAGGUGAAAAAGAAAAUGGGUAGAGACUCAAGAGGAAGAGAAAGAAGGAUGUUCCAAGCACAAGGAACUGUGUGAGCCUAGGCUUGGAAGCAAGAAGAGCAGGGCAUCUUCAGGGCACAAGGCCUGGUCCAGCCUGACUGAAGCUCAGAGCACAUGGAGGAAGAUGGGAUAGGGUUGGAAUGGCAGAAUAGCACCAGGAUGGGCAGGUUCAGCCCAGUAUGAAGGCCGAGCAAAGCAGGGUGAGCUCCACAAGAAAGAGCCCCUGCAGGUGUUGGAGGGCAGGCUUGGCCUGAGCACGGCCGUGUGCAGGGCAGAUGAGACUGGCAGCUGUUGGUAGGGUGGAGGGAGGGAGUGGAGGUGGGGAAUCAUGUAUGGAAGUUAGUAGAAGACUCCAGGCAGGGGGAAGGGAAGACUUAUAUCAGGGUGGUGAGAACAGAGAGGAAGGGAAGUCUGGGAAAACCGUUCUGGAGGCAGGAGGGAAAAGAAUUGGCAGUGGUUUUGAUGUUCUAGGUAUGAGAAAAUAAUGCGGUUCUGGGGGAUGCAGAGAGCCU